GUUGCUUCAACUGUGCGGCGGAAUACACGCUUUAUCCACCGUCCGUCUCCCGGCCGCGUCCUAGUCACUUCCAUGACCUGACUGUGAGAACCCAACUUGAAGUUCAAGCUGUUUCCUAUAUGAUUGAAUAAGGUGCAAUAAGGAAUUGAGAAGGUGUGCUCCCCAUGGUGAGAUUUUGAAUGAGGAUCAAAUAAAUUUUUAAAAGAAAAAAAGAAGAAACCCUCGACGCGAGUUUGAAUGCGCAGACUUCACUUUCAGAGGUGAGACGACUUCUGUGGCUGAAGAAUAAAUGUGUGCAGGAAAAGAGUUCAUCGGUGACGACACUUAAGGUUGUGUGAGGGUGGUUGGUGAGGAUGUCUGUAGGCUCUCCCACGCCAUCACUAGAGUCUCUAUCUGGGACUCCAUUAGGUUCCCUUAUUGACUCUGACCCGCCCCGCUCCUUGGAGAACUCUCCCCCAGCAUCUACCACAGGUUCCACAGUUGGACGCAACUCUCCCGUUGCUACAGUAUGUGGACUGUGUAACGACACGUAUGUGCUGCCCCGUGUGCUGUCCUGUCUACACGUUUUCUGCUUGGGCUGCCUAGAGAAAGUGUGCGACGGCGGAGACAGACUUGUGUGUCCCCAGUGUCAGGCUGUUACAACUGCUCCUCCUCCACUGUUGUUACCAGACUACGCUCUACAUCGCUUAUUGGAGACUCCAGUGGAUGAGCCAGCUUCCUGCACGGCGUGCAAGAGUCGUGACGUAGCUGCUGUGGCACGUUGCUUGGACUGUGCCAAACUCCUCUGCCCACACUGUGUUAUGGCUCAUCAGUUCAUGCAUUGUUUUGAAGGACACCGCGUAGUGACCCUGGCUGAGCUUGCCCAGCGUGAUGAAAGGCCUGUGACCUGCUUACGGCAUAAAGGGGAACCUCUCAAAUACUUCUGCGUAACUUGUAGUGCCCCCAUCUGUCUUGACUGCACGUUGUUGGAUCACCCCAAGGGUUUGCAUGAAUAUGAGGCCCUAAAUGAUGCUGCACCUCGUCAUCUCGAUCAGAUUUGCCACGCUAUGGAAGGCGGGCGAAGCAGGGCUGCAGAUCUGCGUACAUGUGUGAAGUCGGUUGAAGGUUCCAGUACAAGACUUCAGCAGCAGUAUGAGAAGGCCCAGUCUGAGAUUCAUGACACUUUCACUUUCUACACAACCAUGGUGGAAGAACGCAAAUCUGAACUCUUACGUGAGCUGGAUUCGUUGUAUCAUGCCAAGCAGGUUUCUCUUUCUGUAUUUGCUCAAAAGGCCCAGGAGUGUGUGGACAAAUUGCUAUCCACUUGUGACUUUGUUGACAAGAUGAGGAAGUAUGCCAACACCACGGAAGUACUCAUGUUCCGCAAACUCAUCGAAGGAAAGCUGUCUGAACAAAUGGGGAAAAAUUUUGAUCUUGGAAUGCAGAAUGUGAGUGACCUAGAGUUUGUAAGUAACUUCCCUGCCAUACAAGUAGGAGUAAGAAAUACAUUUGGAUACAUUCGCUCAUCUUCAGAUAUCCAGGUGGGACCCUCCAAACUACCCCCAAUAGCAAGACCAAAUUCGUCCAACUCUGUGAGCAGCAUGAAUAGUAUUAACAAUUGUCUUAAUGGAUUGUCAGGACUCAACACAUAUUCAAAUGGCUUAAAUGGAGUACCCCAGAGUGGCCAACAAAUGACAAACAGCCAAAACAUAUCAAAUGGUCAAAUGACCACUGGCAUUUCCACAAGUUUGACCACUAGUUUAAGUUCUGGAUUAUCCACUAGUCUUAGUAAUGGACUGGCUAAUGGCUUGACCAAUGGACUGACCAAUGGACUCACAGGUGGAUUGAACAACGGCAUAAAUGGUAACUUAAACGGAAUGCUCGAACGUCCAUACAGCAACAGCCAACUGUCUUCAUUAUUGUCCAAGAGAUUUAGCUCAUCACAGUCCAUGGGGCCAUUCUCAACCAGCUUGGGAGACAUGAACAUGAAUGGUUUGAGUUCAUAUGAGAAAUGGAGUUGUGGGGGUGAAGGCAUGUUCAGCCAGGAGCAGGUAAAUGGUGUGAGUGCCCCAGAUCCAGUUCUUCAUGAUUUGUCUCAUAAGCUCCUCUCCUGUUCCAUCUUUCCUCCUCGCUCGCAGAUCAAACGUCAGAAGAUGAUUUAUCACUGCAAGUUUGGGGAAUUUGGUGUCUUGGAGGGUCAGUUUACUGAACCAAGUGGUGUGGCUGUUAAUGCCCAAAAUGACAUAAUUGUUGCAGAUACCAAUAAUCACAGGAUUCAGAUCUUUGAUAAGGAGGGUCGUUUCAAGUUCCAGUUUGGAGAAUGUGGUAAGCGUGAUGGCCAGUUGCUUUAUCCAAACCGUGUAGCUGUCGUACGCACGAGCGGAGACAUCAUUGUGACAGAGCGUUCACCCACACAUCAGAUCCAAAUCUACAACCAGUAUGGACAGUUUGUGCGGAAGUUUGGAGCAAAUACGUUGUGCUACCCACGAGGUGUUACAGUUGAUCACAAAGGUCGCAUCAUCGUUGUUGAGUGCAAAGUGAUGAGGGUCAUAAUCUUCGAUCAGUUUGGAACUGUUCUUCAUCAGUUUAACUGUCCUAACCACCUGGAAUUCCCCAACGGUGUUGUGGUGAAUGACAAGCAAGAAAUCUUCAUCUCGGACAACCGUGCUCACUGUGUCAAGGUUUUCAACUAUGAGGGCCAGUAUCUUCGUCAAAUUGGUGGCGAAGGAAUCACCAAUUAUCCAAUUGGUGUAGGCAUUAACAGCCAGGGAGAAGUUUUGAUUGCUGAUAACCACAACAACUUUAACCUUACGCUCUUCACCCAAGAUGGACAGCUGGUGUCGGCAUAUGAGUCUAAGGUGAAGCACGCCCAGUGCUUUGACGUAGCAUUAAUGGAUGACGGCUCUGUUGUCUUGGCCUCCAAAGAUUACCGUUUGUACGUAUACCGGUAUCUUCAGGUGCCGCCUCCACACAUGUGAGAUCCUCGGUGCCACUUCUCAUCUACAGUCACACUGGUGCACUUUCCAGUCUGGUUAUAAGGUGGGAAUCUGAACAGCAUAGAUGGUGGAACGAAUGCUGUUACUGCCACAAGGAAUGCACCUUGUAUCUUGUUUAGCACUGUGACAAGUGUGACACACAAGUGACAGGACACUAACCUCUUGUAAAGACCUCACCUCCCACCUCAUAGCAUCAGGUGUUGACCCUCUGGGUAGGAGGGAAGGUCCCAUGUUGUCACUGUUCCUUCAUAUAGUCUAUUUUUAAUACGUGGUUGCAGUUAUUUGUACUCCCAGGGGCAGAUGCCAAGCCCAAAUCUGCCCCCCUAGUCAAAAAGUGGCUGAGGCCUCAUUUGUAGGCUUAGUUGCCAGUUACCAGUGUACUUGGGUAUCAGGCAGUUACCAUAUAAUGGGCUUAGAUACCUGUUGACAAGUCGCUAUUACAUUUAUUUAUUUUAAUUUUUUGUUACAAGUAGGUUUUUUUAUUUUAUUUUCAAUUUUCUCACUCUACCAAUAGUCAUGUACAUAACUUAUUCAAUUGGUUUUAAGAGUUUAUUUCAAAAUUUUCUAUUUGUUGCUCUUAGAAUCUUAAGUUGUGCCAUUAAGGAUUUUAAGUUUUGUUCCUUGGAUAUCCUGCUCAUGGUAUCUUGUUUUGGUUUUGUUUAAGUUUCCUUUAUUUUCAUAUUUAUGUGCUUUUCAUAUUUAUGUGCAGUAAUUUAUUGAAGUGUUGAGAUUUGGGAGUGGAGCACCACUGACCAAGCAGCGGCAUCUGUGGCCCUCCUCUACCCCGUAGUGGUAGUCUGUCUCGGGUGUGGCUCUGUAUCUUUUAGCCGCAGUUGAAGAACUCGCCCAUUAUUGUUCUAUUGCAUUUGUUAGUUGUAAGGAAUUGUGCAUGAGAGCUACAGGCAAGGUGUGCAUGAAGGCCGGGUAGUAGGGGACCUCGGAUAGCACAAGGCUACCAGGGACUGUACCCGCCAGCCAGUCUCCCAACACUUUGGGGUCAGUAACAAACAGUGUGGCCAGGAAACAGUCAUACAGAAGUCGGCCAGUCGGCCAAUUCCAUGGCUCAGCAAGAGCCAAUAGUUUUAUUUGUCAGAGAGGUCUGGUGUUCUUAUUUAUGUAUAUGAGAAAGAUUUUAAUUUCAUUUUAUUGAAGGCUGGAAAUUUUGUUCCUUUUUACAGGUAUUCCAUUAGUCAAAAUGGAAACGUUCAUUGUUUUAAAGAAAGUCGAUACUAUUGACAAGUUACAUGUUAAGCCAUCCAAAAGUUUGCUAUUCACUUGUUAUACCCUUUUCACACUGUUUGCUUAGGAAUAUAUAUCAAAAUUAGUUACUGGUGUUUCUAGAGAUGUUUAACCUGACCAGAUUUGCUUUUAUAAAUUUUUCCCAAGUGUGACAAUCAAAGUCAGAGGAAGCAAAUGCCUGAAAUGUUUAUCUUUGUAGUUGCAAGGGAAGAUAACUUUCGUGAAACAACAAACACAUGAGAAAAACCUGGGGGCCAAAUUAAAUUACAGGUGAUACUAUAACUUUGGUGAUGUUUUCUACAGUUGACAGUUAGAAUAUGAAUUAACAACUGUGUGAACUCUUGAAACACAUAUGUAGAACAGAAAUCAAAUUCUGUCCUUGUAGUAAUGAAGCACUACAACCACAAGCAGGUACCUGCCAGCCACAUCCUAGAGUCUGGCUCCAUGGGCCGGCACUCGUAGGUCCUGUCUUUGUGGUGUGAACCGGAUUAAUAUGCCCUUACCUGUUGAUAUAUAUCUAGACUAGCUCACUAUGUUAGGUAGAAGUUGAGUACCAUUGUUGUAAUCACUAUUCCCUCUCUUGCCUUUUUUGUAUCUGCUUUCAAGUAGUGUAAUACAAAGCUCAACCUGUUGUAACCCUAUCUAGGAUGGCUGAUAAUAACUAAACCAACUUGUGACCUUUCCCCAAGAUCAUGCCUUACCAGUGUUGUGCGGUGUUGUAGUCCUUAAGGUCGUGAUUGUGUUGUGAUUGUGCCACACACACCUCUGCUUCAGGCGGGUAUGGAGCUUCUGUACUGACCAAAGGUUGCAGAUUCCUGGCACAAAGUCUGUAAUUUUGUAAUAUUACUGUGGUAACACUUAAUGGGCACAAGUGUAAUUUAGAAUUGGUGGAAUUCUGCAACCGACAGCAGGUCUGACGUGUAGACUGAAUGUAACCGCAGAAUCACAUUUUGUUAUAUGAUAUCAACACGGUUGUUCAUUUUCAGUGUUCAGAAAUUGGCCAUAAAGAGUGGUAGUACGAUGCUGGAUAAACUAAGCUUGUUUAACUGUUGAUAAACUAAGCUUAUUUAACUGUUGAAACUUUAUUCAUUCACUGGCGUUAUAAUUUUUUGUGAUGUACUAGCCAAUUACUCAAAUAAGAUUAAAAAGUUAAAGCUUCCUGUGUAGUAUAUAGUGAAAAUAAUUUGUUGUCUUGUUUUGUCACAAAGAGGAAGCAGUUUGCUUUGUACCUGGUUGUUAUCCUCCACCUGGCAUAUUAGACGUGGGCUGUUAGUGAAAUGUCGGCUUGUACUUAAUUGUUUAUCAUCACUCUAUAUGGCAUAAUAGAGGUGUUGACAGCACAUACACGGCCUUUGUGGUAAUGCUUGCUUUCCCAAUACAGUGAAUGAUGGAUCAACAUCUGUGUUCAGUGCAGCGCCUAAAAUUUAGCUGCCAAUUAGUAGACUGUAUUAGGUAGCACAAGAGCAUUUAAUGUUACCUUUCAAAUUCUUGUAGCCAAUCACUGUGUUGCAAGGGAGCACUGAAUGGCUUGGACAAUACAUAUCUCUUGUUGAUACUACUGUGUAGACACUAGUGGAGCUGUCAGAUCCCUCCAGCUACCUGGGUCCCUCAGUAGACUAGUCAGGGCCCAGCUAGCCAACCAGUCUCUGGUUUUGCUGGGCCUGUCCUGGUGGCAUAAGGCAUCAAUGGUGCGGGGCUUGUAGCUGCCCUCCACACAUCAUAGUCCUGGUGACUGAGCUGGUGCCCUAUAUGGUUGUUGAGGUAGCUGCUCUAAAAAGUUUGUUGUGUGCAGAGCUCCAGGAUGUGUAUACAUGUGUGGUUGGGCAGUUGCUUGCCACUUCUAGUUAGUGCUCGCUGUGCUGUGUAGAUCAACAACCCAUAAGUUAAGGCGGACUUAGUGUAGUACUGAGGGGGGCUUCCCCUUCGUCUUUCACUCUCGGACUGUCCCUGUCGGUCCAGAUGAAAUGCCACAGUCCUCUGGCAGAUGCACAAAAGUUACCUGGCAAAUUACCUAGAAGGUAUUUGUUGAUUUUUGCAGCCAACAUUCCAGUUGUUGACUCUUGAAAUGUUUAUCCUUCCUCAGUGCCACAGCCCAUGCCUGGAGCCACAUUUCAUCUGUGACCCCUAAGUCACAAUACAUCAAGUGAUAAAUUGGGACACUAUAACAAAGUUUGAUCAUUUCUUCACUUACAUUGGCCUUUCUGAAGCAUGACUUCGUUCGUAUCUACUUAAAAAAAAAGUUCCAAAGUCUAUUUUUUCACCUUUCUACAGUCCAAAAGAAUAUGUAGUGUGUGGGCGGGCAGUGGGUUGGCGAGCCCGCGGGCCCAGACGGAGGGGGUAGGGCGGCCACCAGUAUUAUGCCUUGCACCGUCUUGACCCGCCCUGCGCCCCUCUGCUUUUCUACUAACGUUAAGAGUAUCAUAACCCAGUUCUCUGCUGUUGACACGUUGACUACUUACCAAGAGAUGAAACAUUCCACUAUUUUUGCUGUUUUUUCUAUCUGUUUGUAUCAUGUUACUUUUGUAGUAGCGCUGCUUGUAGAUUGGGCCCUGGGCUGGGCGUGGGUGUCAGCUGUUGUCUAUAGCUUUACUCACUGCCCAGUCUCCUGCAUGCCCACCAGAUGUGUGUUGCUAUUUUUGCUAUAUGAACCUCUUCUGUUCACAAAGCAGUAGUUAAUUAUUAUUGUGCCUAGUCCAAAGCAUCAGGAAAAAGUGUCAUGACCAGAACCCAGAGACAGGACGAGCAAGUCCCCCUCUUCCAAGUGUUACAUUAAUCAAAAUGUGUACUUAAAAGUGGGUCACUUUAGCCAGGGAGACUUUAGUCAGUGCUGAUCAUAACCCCCGGAAGUUUGCUGUGCUCGUCCUGACUUUGCCGCCCCCUGAACCAGGCCAGGGCGGUGCCAGUAACUACUCUGUGUACAGUGUUUACGGCAGCUUUUGUAGAGAUCUGUGUUUGUAACCAUGUUGAUAUUGUUUAAGGUCCAAGUGUGUCAAUUACAGUCAUACAUAACUCAUGUUACCCACUUAAUGGUCCCGUAGUAUGCAAAUGCAUUAUAUAUUCAUAUAACCAUGUCUAACACAAGAAAAAAUAUGCCAUGUCUGUCAGUUGUUCAAAAAGUUUUCCUUUUAUUUUGGUAUAUGAGAGCUGUUACAGAAUCAAUAUUGGACUUGUUUUAACCUCUUGUUAACCUGAUAUUGUAGUAAGGUGGGCCACGGGGAGUGUUGAUUUUCCUAUAGUAAAAGCACAGUAGGGUCAGCUUCUCUUGAUUCUAGAUCAUCUUGGCACCAUUAUUUAUUUAAAUUGUUUAUUUUUUGUCUGUUUUUUGUUGAUAUUUAACAAAUGCCAUAAACUGUCCUCCCCACAAUGCACCCUUCAGUGCUCCGAGACCAAGCAUUAACUGCUUGGAUUUGUUGGUCUUCCAAGAUGUUGGCUGGGGAACAGUGAAGCACCAGCUACAGAUCAGUAAGGACAUUGCGUCCCCCCUGGCCCACCUUCAUUGUUGAUGUGUUAAGACGCACCUUUGCUGCAGGACUAUUUGGUGAUGCGUUGAGGCACUCGGUCCUCCUGGCACCGUCAGAAACACCUACGUUAUGCUCCCAUCACUUCUUAUCUCAUGUCUUAGGAAGUUAUGUUGCUGCUCUUCAGCAACAAGGAACUAUCCAAUGCCUUUCCUUGACCCUUCAUUUAAUUUAGCAAAUAUAUACCCUGAAAUAUAUCUGUCCAAAUGUUACCAGAUUGAAUAUCCUUCCAGAAAACUGAUUUUUGAUGUCCCAAAUCUUAUAUACUGUAUUUAUUUAUAUAUUUUUUUCUGGAAACUUCCAUAGGGUUUAGGUUUUUAAUAUUUAUUCCACCUUUGUUCCCUAACCCAAAUUAUUGGUGCCCAAUGUCGUCUUGUUUAUCUUUUUUUUUCUGUUAAUUAACCUGCUGGCCCUUUGUUGAUUAUACAUAUUAAUUCUACUUGCCAACAAAGCAGGCUGGUGAAGGGACCAUUCCAAGCUAAUUGAUAGUGGUGUCUCUUAUAUUCAUACCAAGAGUUACUGGUUAGUUAGGCCAGUGUUAAGGAAUUAAUCCUAGAAUCUCUGUGGUCAACAAACAUGGCAUACACAAAGUAGGGAGUGUGUACAAAUUUUAAGUGUUUAUUUUUCUAAAUUUCUUAUGUCUCCAAUAGGAUAUAUUGACAUUACCCUGUUUCUAUUCCUAGUUCUUAUGGGUAUGUAUAUACACUGUGGUCACCUUCACUUUAUGUUUAGUUUAUUACCAAAGAUUAAGAAAAAGUCUCGAUAGAUCUGAAGAACAUGUAAUAAGUUAAACUAAUGAAAGCUGAUGUAGUUGUUGAUACCUCAUGCAUACUGUACUUGCAUGCAUACAUAAACAGAAUAAAUUUCGAAUUGAUGCAGUGUUUAUCAAUAUUGUCUUGCUGUGUUUUCAUUGAAAUGAAAUUAGGCUAAAGAUUUGGGGUAAUUUUAUGUCUUGUUGCAUGUUUUUCCAGAUAGAUUUUUGAAGAUUUGUUAAUUAUUUAUUUUAAAACUUGCUUGAGUACCUGCAAAAGAAAUGUUUAAUUUUGUUAAAAAAAUUAAUGCAUGUGUUUAAGAAACAAUUAUACUAUUAAGAAGGAAUUCCACGGUGAGGUGACAUUAACUAAAUCAGCUUCCAUUUUGUAAUCCACAAGGUUUAGUAUUUGCUUUUUGUUGUAUUUUAUAUACUGGAAUGGCCCCAUGAUUUUUAUGUUAUCAGUGAAUUUGAUCAUAUCUGCUAUCCAAAUCAUACUCUUAAGGAUACAUUUUAUUUAGUUUUUUAUUUUUAUUCUUAAUAUUCCUUCACAAAGAAAUAUUUAGAAAGAUUUUAUCGUCUUUCAUGGCGCAAGUUUUGUUGAAUGCUGUAAUGGCUAACCUAGAGAAUUUCAAUAAAGUAUUUUGUUUGACUGUA